AUAAAAUAAUGUUGUUGUUGACGAAUAAAUAUAUGUUACAUCACAUUUAUUUUUUUUUAUUUUGGUUCUAAAUGUCAUUUUUAUGUUACAGUACCUGAGAAUCCAGCAUAUUCUCAUGUUUCUGUGCAAACUCCAGAAGGCUUGAACUCAAAAAAUCUGCAACAUGGUGUGGUAUCCAAUUUUUCUGAUCUGUUUAAUAACAAAGGAUCAUCAUUUGGUAUGGUUGAUACGUCUGCUCAUGGAGAUAUUCCAAGCAUGACUUUUACUCAGAACUCAAACAUGGGUAUGCAACAAGGAGUUAAUGGGGGAAUGACCAUAUCCAAACCUGAUAAUUCAAGUUUUUCUCCUCACAUGUUUGGUGCUGAUGGAAAAGUUGGUGGUUCUUCAGCUAUGCCAUUCCCUAACUUUCUUAAUCGCGGUGGAUCAUCGUUCGGUAAGGCAGAUAUGUUUGUUCAAGGAGAUAUUCCAAGCAUGGCUUAUACUCAUAACACAAACAUGGGUGUGCAACAAGGAAUCAAUGGUGGGAUGAACACAUCAAAACCUGGAUAUUCAAGUUAUUCUCCUCACAUGUUUGGUGCUCAUGGAAAUGUUGUUAAUGCUUCAGCUACUUCAUUCACUAAUGCCGAGUCCAGCUCACAUCAUGGGAUUGAGGCAGUUCUAGGUCAUCCUACUUCAAUUUUUCCUAGAAAAUUUAGCUUCCCAAAUGUGUCUGAUCUUUUUCCUAUGGGUUUUGAAACACUUGACAAGUUUUAUGGGUCACCCUUCAUAAAUUUGGGUGAUAAUAACUCCCCUCAAACAAGAGAACAAGGAAACAAUGAUAAGCCGAACUUUCAGAAUUGAUAGUUGAUACUAUUUGAUCAUCAUUGACCUAAGUAUGUUCUUUACUUAUAUUAUAUUGGUAGGGUCAAAUUAGGAAGAGACUUGCAUGAUAAGUUAUCUCGUUAUGUUUCUAGAUGGGCUACCUGUACUAAUGCAAUCAUGUAGAGUACAAUUUUAUUGCAUGUGUAAAUAAUUUUAUAAUAAUAGUAAUCAUUUUAAUUGCUUAUAUUGCCUACAGGUUGAAUCAUAUGCUUAAAACAGUGUCAUACUUGAAACCUUAACUCAUAGAUGAAAAUAUGCUUUGGCAUUUUGAAAGUUCGCUCACCUUCUUCAGUGAUGAGAAAUGCAGUUUGGAACUCCUCUGUGGCAGGAAUAAUUAGUGGAUUUUGUUGUUUUUAUUUUUGGCAUUUUGAUACUUUUCUUUGUUAGGUGAUUUUAUUUAUGGUGACAAUUUCCUCCGUACUUAUUGGUUCUUAUGGUUAUAGUACUCAACAUCAGAUCAUUUUAUAGUACACUACUUUAUUAUCUUCAAGUAAAUUUAAAUUAUAGGUUAAUUCUAUGUUAUGGAUGCCAGUACCCCAUAUUUUUU